AUGUUGUCAUCAACUUUUUCUCCUGGUGGGAAUUCCACAGUAUUUGCAUAUGUUGAAAGUGCUGAUAAUUAUCAAUCGGCUACACCAGGAUCUAUCAGCAAGACUUCGAAAGUACGUAAUACCGAAAGGAGCAUUUCUAUGAAUGGAAGUAUAAGCACGGAGCAUUCUCGCACGUUUCAAAAUGUUUCUACAACUCCAGUGGCUGAGCUACGUUCCAGUGGAAUUGUUACAGCUCCCAUUUCAAGCGCAGUUAAUGCAAAUUAUACUUCAGUGAAAUCAUCGCAGACUGCAGUACCUGAACUACUUUCAAGCAAACAUGAACAUCAGAGUAAUGAGACUUCAAUGAAGACUCUGUCAUCAAAUUCAACUGCAAUUUUCUUAUUAUUUAAUGGUACUUUAAUUGCGAAGGAUGCGAGUAGUAAUUUCAGUAUAUCCAAAACAUCGGAAUAUGUAAGACGAACUACAGAAGUUUCACCAUCUGUUCCAUCUGUAGUGUCUCCUCCAGCAAAUAAAACAAGCAUUUAUUAUACAACUGUGUCACCUCGUGGUAACAUUCAGUGGACGAAUAUAUCUGCCAAUUUGUCUGGAUAUGAAGGCAGUAUAGGAUUAAACAGAAGCCGUAAUAGAACUGCAGUAAUGUCAUAUAUUACUGCUAGUCCGCACCCGAGCACAUCUAAGUCAUCGUCAUCGUCAAGGAUAGACAUGGUGAAUAAGUCAGAAAAUAGUCCAGCCAGCUCAACUGUGUUGCUCCUUCUAAAUACAACCCAGGGUGUCAGGAGUAUAAAUUUUACUGUUGUAUCAUUAUCUAAAAACGUAAACAGCAGUUCAGGAACAAUUCCAAAUAGUUCAAGUAUACAAUGGAAAGCAGAAGAAAUAAUAAGCAGUACAAGCACUAGCACAGGACUAAGUAGUACAUUAUUGCCUUCACAAUUGAAUAACAAUAAAACGAGUCGAGUUCGAUCAGGUGUAUCCAAAUUUGGAAACAUAAGCGCUACCGUCAGCGUAAUUCCUGCGUCAUCAACAAGGGAGCUCAAUAGUAGCCAUGAUGAACACUGUGGCAUUAACACAUCACAUUCAAGUUAUAUUAUACCGGCACAAUCGGGUAUUCUUUUGAAUAUAAGUAGCAGAACACGACAAGAACUUAAAACCAAGGUAUACUUGUCAUCUUCAUCUAUGCCUGUGCCAUCUCUUAAUACUGAUGUAUGGAAUGUCAGUUCGGCGAAAGAGCAACAUUUAGCUGCGUCGUCACGUAAUGACAUGUUUGGAAACAGUACAAUUGCGAUCGGUAGUGGUGCUACUUCAGUAUCACGUUAUUUAAAUAAAACCUCCGCUAUUGGUCACACAGCUGAUGUUUAUUCCACUUCGCUAUUACCAACUUUAACAUUGUUUACUGAGCAAAUUAUCAGAAACACAACUUCAACUUCAUUGUCGAAAGGAAAUCACACAGCUACAUUGAUGUUCUCAAAAUCAAUCCGUUCCAUGGCAGCGAAUAUGAGCAGCGUGGACUCUAUUGAGAAGACAACUACCAACUGGAAGGUUAACAGCUCUAGUCAGUUUUUGAACGGAAUAUCCCCGUCACACAAUUCUACCCUCAACAUUAAACCAUUCACAAGUCUUGCGAGUGAAAGACAGAAAACAGAAAAAAAGAGCAAAGAAUUAUUGACAGGGUCACAUAAUAUAUCCAGCAGUAUAGUUGUGUUUAAUCUUCCACCAUCAGUCGUUUGGACAACAGUAUCAUCUCCACUGAAGUAUUCGACCACACAUGCGUCUUGGUCUGUUCCGUUUUUACCUAAAGUACUAUCUACCAGUGUUAGCUCAAGUAUAGCUACAUCCAAGGCAGAUAUUCCGUUUGGACGUAAAUCUUCAGUGCAGAUCAACUCAAGCCAAAGCCCAGCAUCAAGUCGCUUUGACUUACCUACCGAAGGUCACUCGAAUAUUAACGCCGUGAUCAAUUCAACUAAUCAAGUCUAUUACGGAAGUUCCACCAUUCAGUCUUCAAGUGAUUUGUUUGUUUAUUCAACUGCAGAAGUUACUAAUAGAUCAUUUCCUAUAGUGCAACCAUCCAGCUCGUUGCCUGUUCUAACAAACUCGUCAAAUAUGAUCCGUGUGUCCGUGGUUCCUAUUUAUACGCCAUGCUAUAUUUCAUACAUGGUUACAGUAUCACGUAUUGUGACACAUUCGUUUGUUGCUUCAACUGUUGACAUUGAAACAGGUGCAACUUCAUCCGUCCAACAACCGUCAUUUCCUUCUCAUUCAAAUGACCAAUCACAUGCAGGUAGCACACCGUUGCAGCCAACUCCUUCGACUAGAUUUUUCGCGCAGCACAGUUCUACAGAAAUGUUUUCAAAGUCUCCCACAGAAUCAUUGUCGCGCUUGCCAGGUCACGUAGAAUCUAGCAUGCAAACAAAGCAUGACGCUGCAAUGACUAAAAGCAACACUCGCUCUGCGACAAUGAAUAAGCCCAAUUAUACGCAAGCGCAUAAUUUUACUAAGAGUGACAAUUCAAUAUCAAACGUUGCAGUGUCAUCAUCUGUUUUACAUGAAUUGACUGUAAAUCGUAACUUGACUGCAGGUAUCCGAAAUCAUACAACGCUCUUGAUCGAUCAUUCACGAUCUACCUCGGUGCAGAAUUUUCCCGUCAAAAUAUCAAAAUCCCUCAACACUUUUCCUCUGCCUAAUAAGAGCACAUCCAUCGUGGACAAAUAUGUUAAUUUCAAUGUGUCCAUUACAACAACAACAACAACAACCGUCAUGAAUUUAACUUCUCCUAUUUUAAAUGUGAGGAUGUCUAGUAACGCGCCUGCUAAAUCAGAACUGGCUUAUACAAGCAUGAUAGAAAAUGCAACAACCCUUGGACACUCGGUUAGAUCUGGAAGUAACAGUGUGAACAAAUCUAGUCAUCAGAGUUCCAACAUAAGUUCAAGAAGCGUACUAAGACAAGAAACAUCUUUAGUCGCUACAACAACAAGCCCCUUAUUUACAAAACACAUUACAUUACAUCCAACGCAAUCUAGCUCCGUGCAGCUAGGAAUAGCUUUGUCGACUGUAUCUGCGAAACAAGUACACCAGACCGUCUCUCCGAUCGUCAACAUUUCAGAUGUACAAUCCUCUAUCAGCUUCUAUAAUUCGUCAUUCAGCAACCUUAGUCGAAAUGUUACAACGUCACAGGACGCCCAUGCAACCCCCUCUCUAAACCACAUGUUUAGUAAUAGAAGUAACCCGACUGUCACAGCUUACUUUAAUAGACAUGAUACUUCCGUUCCACUUUCAUACUCGCGUUUUUCAUUCAAUCUUACAAAUGUUCGAAUUUAUGGAACGACAUUGAGUACUUUGGCUACUGUGACCAAUCGUAGAACAACUGCCCAGAGCACUAGGACUGAAAACCGAAACCUACCGCAACCAACGCCUGUACUUUCGCGCACACCAAGUUUAAAUAAUUUAAGUGUAGUGCUGAGUUCAUCAAUACCCAUGCUAACAUCCAAAGAGUCAUUGUUAAACCAAAACACUUCUGCGAAAUCCACUUUGCGCAAUGUAUCAGGCUUCGUUAACUCAACGCUGAUACUAUUGUCGUCAUCGACUGAGUCUAAUAUGUCGAUAUUUUCUUACAAGCCAACAGUUGAGUCAACCUCUUCGUUAGACGUACCAAGUUUGUCAAAUCGGACAACUGUUGGUCUCAAUUCCAAUUCAGGUGGCAAUAAAACUAUGCUGGUUACGCCAAGUAUUCCUGUAGUGUCACGACAUACCAGAAAUGCCACUCAUGGGCAAAAUGUGUUACCAAUAGUAUCGGCAACAAUUUCCAAGGAAAAUAUCCAGUUCAUCUCGAUUGAAGUCAUCCGUGCCUCGUCUAUAUGGCCUACUGUGGUUCUAGCUACAGGAAGUAAUCUAAAUUCACAGUGGACGUCAUACAAAAAUGAUCAUACCUCGAAUUCUUUCCCCGAUAAAACAAUAUCAUAUUCGAGUUUUCAUGUAACACCGAGCAUAUCAUCGAGCGGUAAGCCAGAAACAAAUCCAUUGCGUCGCAAAAGAAGAGAACUGAGAAACUUAACCGUGAUGCAAGAUAACAUCGGGACGAACUCUACGAAAAAUGUGAUUAAAAACGCUACUACAACAUCUACAGUUAAUAUAUCCAUUCUAUUACUAAAUACUUCGUCAUGGAAGAUGAAGGAGGAGAGCGUUGAACUGCGGAGUACAGAAAGAUUUUUGCCAACGCAGACAGGAAGUCUUCACCAAACUGUUAAAACACGGUUUACACCAACGCCAGUAAUCAAUGCAUCAAAAGCAACUCCUAGUCCAGUACUCGUUACAACAUCCAGUCUUGAAAAACGGUUCAUGACAUCUAGUUGGAAUUUAUCAUUUUCCAGAUUAGCCAACGAAUCUAGGUCACUUACAAACGGUUAUAAUUCACUCAGUGUACCUAUUUUGAGUCCCAGUGUUGAAAUUGACCAUUCUGCGGCAUCUAUGGUGUCCCCGAAACGUACGAGUUCCGCCAUAACAAGUACCGUUCGUAAUUCAAGCUUAGUUGAAACUUUUCUGUCACCAAACAAUUCUUCGAUUGUUAGUUCAACAACCAACUCAGUAAAUGAAGAUCGCAGGUUGAUGACUGCUUCUGCUUCUCAACUUGCCUCCUCGCAAGGAAUGAAUACGGAACAGUACAACACGUCGAUCACAAAUGGUACAAAUUCAGAUAGAAACAGUCGCUUGUCCAAUCGUAGCAGUUUAAUAUUAUUAACACCAACCAUCACUCAAAAGCAACGCAUAAUGAUAACUCAGUCGACAUCAAUACACCAAUCUGUCGCCCUUACUCCAAGUAUUACCAUAUAUAAAAAGAGUGUUUCUAGCAACCUUAAAAUGUCAGCAAAACAGGCAGUCAUGAGUACAUCUUUAGACGUCGGUAUGAUUAGUAAUUCAUCUAUCAUCAACUACAGUUCGUUAAUAUCAACUGCAAAGUCUAUCUCCAGUCCUAACAUUACUUUGUCAAUGACACAGGGAAAGUACGAGAAAAAAGUAAAUGCAUCUGAAUCUACGUUGAACACAAGCAUGACUGCGUCUUUAAAUAUUGGUAGUGGUACUUAUCCACCCACGAUUCAAGACAGUUCAUAUAUCUCUACUACGCAGUACACUUCCAGUUCAAACCGUACGUCGUUCAGUUCACAACUGCGGCACGAGACUAAUAUUCAGGUCUCAAAAUCGUUGGUGAAUACAGGGAUACUCGAGUCCACGAUGAUGUCCCGUACACAAUUACUUGUAAAAUCCUUAUUAUACUCAUUGACUUAUGCUCGAAUGAACGUGACAACAACCAACAACACUAUUCGAACUGAGUCAAAUGUCACUGCUGUAAAAUCAACUAACUCGGUAUUUCCUCCAACGUCAAUUGAUGAUGAAAACUCCCGAAACACAUCACAAAUGCGAAUUUCGCACUCUUCUACCUCACUGCGCCUUGUUCUAGAAACAAGUGUUGGCAAUGAAUCGUUGGCCCUCAUGCCAUCUCCCGUGACAACGCUGCACACGUCUGUGACCGCAGAGAAAUUGUCUUUAUAUCAGUCCGAAAACAUGUACAGCGUCGUUAACUCAAGCCCCAGGAUGAUGUUAUCUUCUGCUGGAACUUUCAAGUUUAGCCAUCACUCCUUCAUAAGCGUUUCAAGUUCCCCAACAUCUUCAUUUCAUAACUCUUCAUCGGAUAACAUCAGAACAACUUCAUUGGUAAAAUCCACCUUGUCACGCGCUAUCACAAACGGACUAAUUCCGCAGUCGAGCGAAAAUGUCACCUCUUCCAUCUCACCUGCAAGUGUAUCUGCACAUUCGCAUAAUGUUACAUCUUUAAUCCAUGGAAACAUUUCAGAUGCUUCCUCCACCGUCUCAACCUCAUAUAUUUCUGUGACACAAAGCCCCUCUCCAUCAUUUUCCAUUAUUGGAAGCAAAGGGAUAACAGCCACACCAACUUUAUCCAAGGAAAGCUACAUUUCCUCUGCAGCUAUUUUGUCACAAAGUAGCUCCCUCACAACGACAGACGGAAAAGACCACUUUGUGGCAAACUCGUCUGUUACAUUACCAGGAGAAUCUAGCUCCAUAUUAUCACGUAUUUUAAGAACAGAAUCUCGAAGCAAAGUCAUUGUAAUAACAAGUGAAAAACAAUCUGGUGGAUACUAUUUAAUACCAACAUCGUCAUUGGGCCUAUGUUUAGUCAGUUACUCUACCAUAUUUGUAAAUAUUUCGGUUAAAACUCCAGUAACCCUAAACACCACCCCAGUUAACACGACUUCAAGUUUACAAACGCCGCUGUCUAUGCCCUCAUCUGGCGAGAUUAAUUCAACCAGAAUUUUCACAAGUUCUGUCGUACUUCGUUCCAAUGUUCGAACAUCGGGUGUCUUAAAGCCGUCGCUGGUUAGUAGUUUGGUUGUUAACAAGAGCAGUAUUUCAGUCAAUUAUUCUGGGGUGAUAUUGAGCACGUCUCCAUUCAAAACAUCUUAUUCAGGCAUGAAUACUACAAGCCUUGGACAAUAUUUGAGUAAAAGUGCUGGGAAUACUACCAUAUUUCAAUCAUCUACAAUGGCCUAUUCCAAACCAUUACCUAUCACAUCACAAACAGACAUUCCUGUAUUACCAUCGCCAACAUUGCCAAAGGCGACAGCGACAUAUACUUCUAAAACAUAUACUUCUAAAACAUAUACUGUUAUAAAUAUCUCACCAAAUAUGUCCUUAACAUCCAGUCUAUAUCAAAUCUCACCAACUGUGUCCUCCAUCGUACAGUCGUCAUCGGUAGCUACCACACAUACGCCAACUUCGACCGUAGAUGAAAAUUCAAUAUUAGUUAUUGCUUUAAAAGUACCUGAAAGUACUAAUGUAAGCACUAUCGCGUUUAAAGCAAUCUUGGAAGAAAAACUAUACCAAAUUUAUCAGAAAGGACUACUGGUUCAACGAAAAAGACGCAAACGAAGCACUCUUCCUGAUUCACGUGUUGAGGUAGGAUUACUUAUCAUUGGAUAUAAAUACCAGGAUUUGGGGCAUCUACACUCGAUAUAAUGAUGGGAAAUUUCGAGUGUGAAUUUUAUACAUUAAUUAUACCCAACAAGGAGCAGUUUCGAAAAUUGCAAUUAUAUAAGCCCUCUGGCAGGAAUCGAACCUUACUUGUUACUGCUACAUUUCUAAUAAUAUAGACAAAUUUACAAUUUGAAAUAAUGUCUAAAGUCAUAAUGACUUUAAAAUAAUGUCGAAAGUACACACUUUCAAAAGUUCGUUUUGUUUUAAUUCAAAUCUUGAUUUCAAGGUAUCAUUAUUCUUCGGAAUUUGUUUCUUUUUACAUCCAUUACAGUUUCGACAGUUCUUUCUCAUUUGAGAAAUCUGUUACCGCGAUUUAUUUUCCGGAGCUUUUGAUUGUUUUGUCUAUGUGGGUAUUCCUUGAAGACACAAUUUUUUUGCUUUAGGUUCAAAAUAUACAGAGAAAUGGGCAAGAAGUUGACGUUAAAUAUAUCGUCAUUGCAAGUAAUAGAACUUUAUUAGCCGAAGAUGCCGCUAAAAUCAUGGACGUUUUUACAGUUCAAAAAAUGAGUUCUAUAAUUGGCUAUGAAGUAAGUGAAUUGUUUUUUAGAAAAUAAUUUAGGAGCUGGUGAUAUCAAUUAAGACUAAUUUCCACUCCGGAAAAUAAGCAGCGGAUCGUACCGGAUCAGAGCUCUUUCCAAUCUGGUCCGCUGUGAUCCGGUACGAUCCAACAAGCGAUUUCCAGUAAAGGCUAAUUUCCACUCAGAAAAAUUAUCCGUGGAUUGGAACGGACAAGAAAAUUUUUCUUUGUCUUGUGAGGUCUGGAUUGGAACUACUGUAAUGACUUUAACACAAAGAAAAAUUUUCUUGUUUCAAUCCACGGAUAAUUUUCCUGAGUGGAAAUUAGCCUUAAAAGGACAAAUGGAAUGAUCGGAUCGGAAAAGGAAAAAUUGGAGCUCGUUCCAGUCUUACAUCCUCCAUUUUGUAAAUUUUGUACAGGUAUUUAAUUAUUUUCAUUUAUGUGAGAUAAUACGGCAUUUUGCUUGGUCACCAGGUGUAAUCCGCGGGACCGGACAAGCUGGCCAGCAACGUCGCCGGAUCAAUCGGAACACAAAAUUUCUACUGAUGGCGCAUGCGCGGAUUUUGUUUUGUUCCGAUCCAGUCCGAUCCGAUACUUAUUUUCCGUGGAAAUUAGUCUUUAGUCUGAAAUCACAACAAUUUAUUCUGACUGGUAGCUGCAUAUAAAUGUAUACAGGGAUGGAUUUACUGGGGGGGGGGGUGAGCCCUGGCCAGAGGGGGUGCAGGGGGGUGCUAUUUUUAAUGAUAAAGCAAAAAAUAUUAGAGACAAAAUGAGAUACAGUAAUUUGAGUAAUAACACGAUGAUAAGCGAACUGUGAACAACAAUUAUAAUUCAAAUACUGUAGUCAAGCAAGACUUUGCAGUAGUGAAGCAAGUUGAUGGGUGGGCGGCGCACAUGACCGACACAACUCGGCACCAGAGCUGGCAGAACACCCCCCCACACACCACCACCACCAGAUCAUGCUGGAUCCAUCCCUGAAUGUAUAUAAUCAGUAUCUUGAUAAUAGUUUAACUGUUUAGGUGCAUAUGACAAGAAUGUCAAGAUACUGCUUAUUGUUUUAAACUAGGCUUACAGUUUUUGUUAUAAAAUUGUUAAUUUCCCUAUAAUAAAACACUUAAAGUAUUAAGUCUCGACUUCAAUAUUGGGUCUAUGAAGAAUCCAAUAUUGGUCUUGGAAGAAUCCAAUAAGUUAUAACAUAUCCCUAUAUAUCUUAUAAGUAUUUAUAGCUUCCAGUUAUUUUGAUACAGACCUUCUUCCCUAGGUAUUGUCGCGUCCUAGACCAGUAAAAACGAUUGUUCCAGGAAGUCCCGUUCUUGCUAUGCUUGUCAAAACCACCAGCCAGAAUAAUCUUUCCAAUGCAGCAAUUAAGAAAGAAUUUGAAGUGGAGUUGGCCAGAUUUUACAGGAAUUCGGAAAAACUGCCAGUCACCAAAACAGUAAACGCAACAGUGAGUAUCGCAUGUUCCUUAAGGAAAAUCAAUAUAAUUUUACUUCACCAGAAGUACAUAAUGCAGAAUAUGAGUUGUUAACAAAUUUUAGUCGAUGCAAAAAGACCCAUUAAAUUACCUUGGUUUGGGCCCCAUUCAGCUAUGAGAUUUCUGUCCCUGCAAGAAGUGUGCAAUUCAUUGAGUUUUUUUUACAGUAUAGCAAAAUUAAAAGACCAGGCGAGGACAAUGAAAUAUCGGUAUGAUUGACUGCAUGUAACUUUUCUCUUAAGGUGGCUCCCUACAGUUAGUACAGUUUAAAUACGAUUUAUAUAGAUCAGACUUCAUCCUCGCGACCUGCGCGUGGAAUCGUCGUGUUUACUGUUCGGCAAAAAUAUUGAAACAAGCCGUGGGAAGUUUUUUGGCGUUUUUGUCUACAAAGAAAGCCCCAGUUUUUCAUUAUAAUCCUAUUUUUUGAAUUCGAACAGUACGUAUGUUAUUAACUAGUUUAACCUAUCUUUUAAUGUGUUUUUACGUAUUUACGUCCAGUAUUGUCUUUCAUAUUGCUCAAAAUUUUCAACUUGUUGUUUUGCGAGCUGUCAAACUGAAAUGAUACUGCCUUCUAUUAACUCUUGAACAGUAGUGAACUGUUGCCGAAACUUAUAUAAGUUCUGUCAAUCAAUUCAAUUUAAUUCAAUUCACAGGUAUUGUUUUAUCUGCUAAAUCAAAUAAAACAGUUAUGAGUUGUUUUAUAUGAAAAGUUAAACUUGUAGUUCGAUGUUUUGAAAAGUUUUCACACCGAUUUUAACAACAAAAACAAAUGUAAACUAACACUAGAUUUAAUACAAUGCCUAUAAUAGUGUUUUUUUAUUAGUAUUUUCAAGAUUAAUAUUUUCUUUUCAUAUCAAACAAGUCAGAAAUAUCUGUUUUCUUAUGUAUUGUAAGCCAAAAAGUUGAAAUCAUUGUAAGUCACACGCUACAAUUUACACGCAUGCGCAGAUCGUGCUCAUGUCGAGUCGAUUUUUUUUCAUGCUGGCCACGCCGAUUUUAGCGAUGAUUUUCUCGUGUUUUCUUCGGUGAAAUUUUUUUAAUCUUUGCAUUUUUGUUAUACAAGACAAGUGGUACAACAUAUCCAAAUUUUAAGAAAUUCUACAAAUAACUUUUUCUGUAACCGUCAUUCACGAAUAUCUCGAAAACUUAUUUGUAAAUUCCCUUUAAAUUUUGAUAUGUUUUUCCUUUAUGGACCAUAAAUCUUCAAUUUCAGAAAAAUUCACCGAAGGAAAAUAUAGAUAUUGUCAAUUUAUUGUGAAAUUAGACAAUAAAAGUGCAAAAGAUUAAACGUCAUGGUUGCCAUGGCAACACAAACACUGUUUUAAUUUGUUCAUAAAUGGACAGCACACAGCUUCUGAACUUUCCUGGAAAUGAUCAUAUUGCCUUGUCUUAAGUGUAUCUAAUAUAAAUUCGGUUCAAAGCGAACGAUACUCAAAAUACCUAGAAUUUUAGAGAACUGUAGGGAGCCACCUUAAUUCAAACUUACAUUAGCAUUAUUCACUCAAGGCAGUGUUUAGUCUGAGACUACGUGUAAAUCGAACCGUAGGGAUUUGUGCUUCCGUAUUGUCAUUCGUCUACAUCAUAACGUUUUGCGUUCUCCUUGUACUGGCUAGACAGUCCAAUAGAUCAUUCCUUUGUUUCGAGUCUACUGUUAGUAGUGCUAAAUAUAAUUUAUCACAUGCUUGUGCCUUUAUCAAGGCGAUUAUCGUUUUUUGUCACCGAUAUCGUUUUUUGUCACUGAUAUCGCUUUUUGUCCCAGUAUUUUAAAAACUUCUGGAUUGGCGCAAUGAUUAAUAUAAUGCUAAGACUCUUGCUGAUAAGACCAUUGUAUUUUCCGAACAUGAAGUAUUUAAAAUAUGCUAGUUGUCAUGGUAUCACGAUAAUUUUGUUAACAAUAUUCUUACAAAUGAAAAAUCCCCUAAAAAUAUCAGUGUUAAUUACAAAAUAAUCAAUUCCCAAAAAAACAUAUGCUGCAUACAGCUAUUUCAGUUGUCCACGAGCAAAGCGGUAUAGUCGAAUACGAGCGCGAAAGGCUGCUGGGAAUGGCUUUGAAAAUUCAUUAAUUUGUAAGCGAUUCCCAGCAGCCUUUCGCGCUCGUAUUCGACUUUUCCGCUUUGCUCGUGGACAAUCUUAAUUGAAAUAGCUGUAUGUUAGGUAUGUUAUUAUAUAAAAUUUUUAAACAAAAAAGAGUACUACUUGUUUGAAUGCGAGAAUUUGAAAUCAUUUUAUUUCAAACUCAAAGUUUUUCGAUAAAGGCAAUUUAGUUUUAUAAAGAACAUUUUAAAACAUCUUGCGAAGCGUUUGAGGUUGAAUUUUACCUUAAAUUGAAGCUUAUACAACGGUAGAAUAAAACGGGGUAAUCAAUAAAGGAACACUGAAAUUAUAUGCUGUCUUUUUUUCAACUAAAAUAUACAUUAUUCCGCAACGAUCAGCUUUUAAAGCAAUUAUAAAGCCAACAAUACAUCAAUAUUUAAAAUAAAACCUACCUUCGUUAACGUCGAUGCCUUUACUCCCUUCUUCUAGCAAUUCUUUCGCGUUUAUUUUCUUAAAAAAAGCUUUUGAAAUUUACAAAUCUUGCAAAAAUGAAAUCUAUUUGCAAGAAAUCAUCAAAUCAAAAAAUGUUUGCUAUUUCGCUGUCGUCAUGCAGUCGUUAUAAUUCAAAUUUUAAGUUUGACCAAUCAGUGUUCGCUAUUCAUGACAGUCCGCCAUAUUUUUGAGAUCUGUGAGGAUGACCACCCGCCCAACACGCACGGUCACCCACACUCGCGAUCAUCCACUUCAGACUUCGCUAAUGCUUUCGUUUUCCCGGGUCUAAAUAGCCUGGCAGAAUUAUUUAGUACCCUCGCCCAGGCUUAUGCCCGGAACGGCGCUCCGCACCGUGGGCUCGGGGAUUAACUUUUUUGAUAAAAGCACGAGCAUAUAAUAAACCGGUGCGCUCACUCGUGACAUUUAUGAUAUCGUCCCUCAAGCGAUAAGACUGACAGCGCCUGGACCCUCAUGUAUAUCUUCACCUAUACUACAUAUAAAUAUACCUCGAAUUCAAAGUGUCCAAUCGAAGUUUGCAAUUGUGUCACGUGAGCAUGAAAUCUAUCUUCAAAUCACACCAGUACUUCAUCGUAUUUGACGUAACCGGGUGAUUUCAAUCAUCAGUAUCACAUGGCGAUAAUUUGAUUAUAUCACCCAGGUGAUACGAUUCGCACAAAAAUACAAAAUAUACUAAGGAGUGAUGAUUCCUGUUUCAGAAAAAUUGUCACUGCGUGCUCAAUUUUUUAGUUACGUUCCUCAAAUUUGGUACAUGCAAUAAUAAAUAACUGUAAAAGCUACUGUUUUAACCAAAAUUCACCACCUUUUAACCUGUAGUCGCAAUGAGACGUCUUUUGUAAAAAAUAGCACCUCUUGCGCCACGAGAUUUAACGACAGACCGUUUAACUCAGGAGCUCGAUCCCAAAAUAUCAUAUUGCUCAUCUCAAAUGUCCAAAGAAGAAAAGUGUGUUCGCAUUUUUUGACAGCUAUUGUAUUCGCUUUGAUAUAAAGCAGACAACUUGACUUAUCUUGCACGGGUAUAAUCGGUUGAAGAGAUGCUUCUAAAUUGAAAAAAAUGUUCGCGCAAAGCUAUUCAGUGGUCGCAUUUCCCCCUAUAUCGAUAUCUCGGUCGCUUUUUAACAUUUUCUUCAAAAAGUUGCUGGAAUUGAGAGAUAUAUCAUUACUUAAUAUGAAUAUAUAAAAAAAUUCACAAAAUCAGAGUUUCGUCAUAUAAUGUACAGGGGCGACGCUAUACAGGGGGUGUGGGGGGUGGAACAUCCCCUCCCCCCACUCGUCAGCAAAUCGGCAAGUUGUUAUCGCAGUCGGCAAAACUGGAUUGGCUAAAGAUAACCACUGAAGAAACCAAAAUUGACUUCCUAAAUAAUUGAAUUCAAACCGAAUAUCACGAAUAGCUAUUCGCAGGCUAGAAUAGCAUGCAUCAAAGAAACCAUACAUGCAGCAAUGCAAAUUCUUUCGAAUACAGUAUCUUCACUUCUUUCAGUCCAAAAACAUAAUAUUAUUGAAAUCAUAAUUAUUAGGUCAUUGUUGUUGUUGUUGUUGUUGUUGUUGUUGUUGUUGUUGUUGUUGUUGUUGUUUUUGUUGUUGCUUAUUACUGUUCUAUAAAAGAGGCAAUAAAGUCGGUUUUCCACUAGCGCAUUUCCUCGUGCGAAGCGACCGUUUUCCUUUGUCGGUAUCACUUAUUACGUCAGCAAGGCGUGGCAAAAUGGAUGCCGACAAAGGAAAAAGGUCGCUUUGCGCGGGCUUAAAACCGGCUUACUAGAGGGUAAUGAAGCGCAUUUAAACAUGCACAUUUACAAUAGGUUAAUGACUCGGCAAAAUUACGAAACAGUCGGCAAAAGAUCACUCACACACCCCCACUCGAAGAGGGUUAGCGCUGCCCCUGAGAAUGUAACCUUAAAAAAAUUAAAAAUCUAUAAAAUAUGUAGAAUUUGAUUGUGUAUAAUUAUAUACCUCUCUCUGUACUUUAGAUCACUAAAAUAUUUCAUGAUCCACUUGGAAGAACAUAUAUUGAAUUUAUAAUCACUGUGGAUAAUGUUGCAGUUGACCGUACAACAGUUAUGAAAUCCUUUGCUUCUGGCGCUAUUCUGUCGUCAAAGGGUUUGAAUCAAAUG